AUGAAGCUACUUCGCAUCAACACCAACGAACCCAAUAUUGAAAUCCGCAACACCCCGAUAUUUGACACGAUUGUCAGAAAUCAAGUCAGCGAGCUUUCCACGCCAAUUGAUGGCAAGGCUUCUAUCCAGACACCAUUUACGCAAUAUGGCUUGCUUGGUGGCAUCUCCCAGAACGACUUCGGCGAAGACGGCUUCGACAGCCAACGGCGAGCGGUAUCCGACCCGCGCCUCUUCUACAAUGUCGCCACACCUUCGAGUAUUUUCAUCUGCGGAAGCCAAGGCUCCGGCAAGAGCCAUUCUCUAAGCUGCUUGCUCGAAAACUGUCUACUACCAUCGGUUGCCAACGUGCUGCCGCGCCCCCUCACGGGCCUCGUGUUCCAUUACGAUACCUUCAACUCCGAUGUGGGCGGCACGCCUUCCGAAGCUGCCUACCUGUCUUCGAAUACAAACGUCAAAGUGCGAGUUCUCUGUGCACCUACAAACCGAGUCAAGAUUGAGAAAGUGUACAGCUGUCUUCCAAACGUUGUCGUCUCGGAUUUUAGAAUUCACGAGUCCCAGCUCAACACGAAGCGCAUGCUCGACCUGAUGGCUAUGGACUCGGCUGCGGGUGAUGCCUGGCCCUUGUACAUGCACACCGUGACGCGCAUCCUGCGCGACAUGCGUCUGGAGCAGCAGCAGCGUCGCGAGGACGAUGGAUUCAACUACGGAGACUUCAAGCGACGUCUGACCGAGCAGCCCUUGGUUGGCGGGCAGCUGGGCCCUCUGCAGCAGCGUCUCGACGCUCUCGAGAGCUUCAUGGUGCCUAUCGAUGCCACCAAGACACGGCUCCAAGGAGGGAACAGAAAGCAUGGCAGGUUUGUCAAGGGUGAAAAGACGGUUGAUAAGACGUGGAAGCCAAAAGCCGGUCAGCUGACCAUUGUCGACUUGUCGUGUCCUUGCAUCACAGACGCGACUGCCUGUUCUCUCUUUACCAUCUGUCUCAGUCUCUUUCUGGAGCAGCAGUCCGAGGUCGGCCGCGUUGUGGCUCUCGACGAGGCGCACAAAUACAUGACGGGCUCCGUCGAGAGCGAGACUCUGACAGAGAGACUCCUCUCGGCCAUCCGACUGCAGCGACACUUGGCAGCACGCGUCUUCAUUUCCACCCAGGAGCCCACAAUUUCGCCCAAGCUGCUCGAUCUGUGCUCUGCCACCAUUGUGCACCGCUUCACGUCGCCCGAGUGGCUCCAAACGCUCAAGGCCCAUCUUGCCGGCGCCUCGGUGCUGGGCGCCAGCACAUCAUCCCGCGGCUCGAGCCACGAUGACGACGGCGACGUCCUCGCGACGCCUGUCCUGCGCAGCGGAAGCUCUGAACGUCUGCUGGCGGAGAUUUUCCGGCAGAUUGUGUCGCUGCGCACCGGAGAGGCGCUGCUGUUUGCGCCCAACGCGGCCGUUGGCGUGCUCAUGGAGCGCGUCGCGCAGGCAGACGACACGAGCUCGUCUGCGCAGUCGUCGUCGGCGAGCGCCGCAACGGACGAUUCGGAAAGUGCGGCGGAAGGUUGGAAGCUGUCUAAGGACUUGCUCUCAUUCAACGAGUACAGCCCGGACGAUGCGGUGCUGAGACCAAAGGUGGAGGGCUUUGUGGCGGCGGCCGUCGCCGCGGCUGCUGCAGCAGAGUGGCGUCCCAAGGAAGCGAUUCGCUUAGGGAGCGGCGUGCUCAAGAUCUUUAUCCGACAGCGUGUUACGCAGGAUGGCGGCCAGUCAAUCAUGGCUGGAUAG